AGGACUUAGUUCCAGGAUGAGGGACACGUCCCAAAGUAAUGAAAUCGAACAAAUGCGAGCGACGGAAGAUGAUGAUGAAGACGUUAUCGGGUGUCUGCCAAGAGUUUUAUGUAAUAGCCACCGUGAAAUUCUUGAGAACAUAGUCAAUUCAUUGCCGAAGAGUGUCGAAAGCGGCAAGGAAGAUGUCCUUGAUAACGACUUCGAUCGCUACGCUCGCCUUUUGGAUAUCUAUCAGGAGCAACCGAAUCUCCUUGACAGCGUGAUUCCAUCACUUUUGCGGACAUUAGAAUCUUACAUCACUCUUCCAUCCUCAGGCAAUUCUGACAAGACGCUGAACAAGUUAUCUGUGACUUCUCUGCAUUACAUAUCACAUCUAACAAAAGUUCGUGGCUAUAAAGUGAUUGUCAGACUUCUUUCCCACCACGUUUCCUACCUCGACAAACUUUUGACUGCUCUUGAACAAUAUCAAAACAGUGUUGGAAGUGAUUUGUUUGAACGUCAUAUGUUGCUUUUAUGGUUAUGGAUUGUAUGCAAGAAUCCAUUCGACUUCCGAAGAUUUGACCCACCUGAUCAGCCUGGGUCGACGUUAAGUCGUAUUCUAGCAGUGGCCACAUCAUAUUUGAAGUAUCCGUGGGCUACCACUCAUCCUGCUGCCGUUCUCGUCAUUGCUCAGUGUCUUGCUCGUCAUGAUGGAAUACCCCUGAUCCCGUCCAUGAUUGAAGAGUGCAAGAAUCACGUGAUUAACAACUCGCCAAACCUUUUGGGCUAUGCCCUGUUACUCUGUGCCAUACUCAAACAUGUGGACAGGCAGCACCUUCUGCCACAUGUGGAUAUGAUACGCAAGGCAGCUGAAACGCAUUUCCCAUUCAAGAAAUCUGUGACCGACACAUUAACCAGGAAAAUAUUCAUCAAAAUGGUGCAACGACUUGCUUUGGUUGUGCUACGACCUAGACUGGCCGCCUGGAGAUACCGCCGAGGAAAGCGACGUCUUGAGGAGAAUCUUAAAUCAACAAAAACGAAUGGGAAUGCAGAAUUUUGUCAAAACAACAUAAGUAGUGGAAUGGGAGGAGAAGAAAUUAUCUCUGAUGAUGAUGAGGAAGAUGAGAAUCCUGACGCACUGGUGGAAUGGGCUAUUGGUUGUGUGCUAAGCGCCUUGUCCGACGAUCACACCACUGUGAGGUGGUCAGCUGCCAAAGGUGUCGGACGUAUAACUGCGCGUCUUCCCAAGGAAUUAGCUGUGCAAGUAGUCGACUCUGUUCUUUCUACGAGUUUUCAUCCUCUGGCUGGACAUUGUUCGUGGCACGGAGGCUGCUUGGCAUUAGCUGAACUAUCACGGCGAGGAUUCUUGUUGCCUGAAGCACUCGACAAGGCAUUCCCUAUCAUACAGCAAGCACUUUUUUACGAAGAGCCUAUGGGACGACAUGCUCUUGGGAGUAAUGUUCGCGAUGCAGCGUGCUAUGUGUUUUGGGCAUUCGCUCGAGCGUAUGAGCCUGAGCAGCUGAAGAAUUUCAUAGACGAUGUGGCCACUAGUUUGAUGUGCGCUGCGUUAUUUGAUAGAGAAGUAAACCUACGCCGAGCAGCCUCUGCAGCAUUCCAAGAAAACGUCGGCAGACAAGCAAACUUUCCUGAUGGAAUUGCGUUGCUAACUACAGCGGAUUAUUUCGCGGUAGGAAACCGUUGGAGAUGUUACACAAAAGUUUGCGCAGAGGUUAUACGCUUUCCCAAGUAUGCAGACGCUAUAGUUGACCAUCUUCUCGAGAACAAGAUCAUCCACUGGGAUGAAGUUGUGCGGGAACAAGCUGCUAUAGCUCUGAGCAUCCUCGCUCCUUUACAUCCUCAUUAUCUAUCUGCCAGGCUAGGAAAGCUUCUAGCUGGUUGCAACACAUCAAACCCUGUCCAUCGUCAUGGCUACUUGUUAGCGCUUUCACAUUCCUUACAAGGUCUACUGUCCGCUCGAUACACUUGUGAUAAAGAACUGUUGCGCCAAGCUAUUUCGUUACCUUGCAAACUCAAAGCGGAAAGCGAGAAGCUGAAAGUUUCGGGAGGAGAGUUGACGCGUCUUGCUUUAUCCGCAUUCAUCCGAUGUCUGUCGUCUGUCCCUGUACAGCUAGAUGCAAAUGAGAUCGUAAAUUGGCAAGAACGCUUGCUUGCCUUCGCAUGCGACGACACCGCAGCAGUGAGAACUGCUGCCGCUUCAGCAGCUUCUACCUUUUUCCCUGCAUAUUUCAGAGAAAACGUCUCUGUGAACAUAGACGCUUCUGUGAAGGGCUUCAUAUCGAAGAUGACGAAACCUCGCAAGGAAAAUGAACGAAUAGGUGUUUGUUCUUUGGUCUCAUAUCUACCUUCACAGUUCGUCACUGAUGAUUUGUUUGCCGCUGUCUGUAAUGUUAUCAUGAAGCCGACCGAUGUGGAUGCUAAAUGGGCAUUGGCUCGUCGCUCAGCAGUUGAUGCACUGGGAGCCCUUUAUACUUCCCAACCCAAUGAGAAGUGGACCGGUUUUGUAUUUGAUGCUCUCUUUCACGCUGUCGAUGAUUACACCACCGAUAGUCAUGGGGAUAUUGGAAGACUGGUAAGGAUGUCGGCAAUGUGCGUAAUGACGAAUUUGUUGUGCCUUCCGCAUACCAAAGAAGAUGUCUUGAAAAACUAUGUGCAACGCGCAGUUCAAUGCAUGGUGCAGCAAAGUGUUGGCAAAAUCGGUCGCAUACGUGAGACUGCAUGCAAGUGCAUCAUAACAUUACUCGCUUCAAAAGCAACCUGCAACCAUAUUGCACAUGCACAAGAACUUUCAUCAAUAUAUCGCAACGGGCAUGACUUUAUUCAGGAUUCGAUAUUUCUGUCAAUGACACCACUUUUGCUUUGUGGGGAAUAUUAUCAUGACCUCAUCUGCGGCUUAGUUGUCUCUGCUGGCGGAGUAAGCGAAGGCACUACGAUGCGUGCCUCUCAAGCACUUAUGGAGUAUCAGGCAUCAAUCUCAAAGGAUGUGACGUUACUGGAACGGUUUCUUGUGUCAGUGGCGGAAUUAUUUGAUCUGGGUCGGAAAGUGCCUCGAAUUGGGAACAGUGUCUUACGCUUGUUGCCUCAAAUUCUAUCUCGACUGUAUGUUUUGGAACAGAAUCCGGACUCUUCAAAUGCAUUGUCCCAAAUUUUAGUGCAGUUGACAAAGAUUGUGAAUUCCCGUAUUGCUCCACCAGCUCGGAUAAAGACGGCCCUUAAUGCCCUAUGUUCCUUACUAGGAUGCGAUCGUUCAAGUCAAACUUGGCGAGCGGCUGCAGAAGGGCUGUAUGAAAACUUGUGCCUGACCGACGUCGAUGACCAAGUAUUGAUGCUCCUCACUGAUACUGUAUGGCAAGACACUUCACCUCCAGCGAUGAUUUCAAUACAAGAAGCUGCUCAGACUAUUGAGCGCAUUAUUUUCUCAGAUAAGUAA